CGCCAAAAUACCAAAAAGUAAACAGACUUUGUUUUUAUGUAUCAGGUGCAACUCAGUUCGCCGAAGUGAAGGUGUUCCUGAGGCCGUGUAGUACUAGACACCCGUCUGGUUUUGAACAAUACGAGGACUCUUCUCUGUACAGUCGCUUUGGUUGUGUUUUACAUCCUGCUGUUACAGAGUGCGUUGCACUAGCUGGCGCGCUAAGUAGCCUCUAGCUUGUUUUGGCUGCUGUCUUUUAUACGAAAGUAACAUUAGCUAACAGCUCUGCCGCGGAGUGACAGCUAGCCGAAGAAAUAAAGUGAAGACAGCUUUGCGUGAUGUAUGUAUCAGGCAGACAAACGCGAUGAAGCCCGAGCGCCGCUGUGCUUUCAUGGCUGAGGAUGGAGCUCUGAGUCCAGUAGGGGGACGCGCCGGGUCAUCGGGCCGCCUGCGCCGACAGUCCUACAGAAGUUCAGAGCAUUUCUGCAGCCUGCUGGACGGCCUACUGUCUCUCAGACACAGUGGCACCUUGUUUGAUGUUGUGCUGGUUGUGGAAGGUCGCCAAAUACAAGCCCACCGUAUAAUACUGGCAGCCUCCUGUGAUUAUUUCAGGGGGAUGUUUGCAGGAGGCCUCCGGGAAACACAGCAAAAGGAGAUUGCAAUUCAUGGAGUGUCCUACAUGGCCAUGAAGAAAAUACUUGACUACAUCUACACGUCAGAGAUCGACUUAGACCCAGAGUGCGUGCAGGAAGUCCUGAUAGCUGCCACACUUGUACAACUCGAGAAUGUCAUAGGCUUCUGCUGUGAUUUCCUUUUCUCUUGGAUGGACGAGAACAACAUUUUAGAGCUGUAUCACCUGGCCGAUCUCUACGCACUGCAACAGCUGAAGGCCAAGGUGCACUGCUUCAUGCUCAGCAACAUUCAGACGUUGUCCCGAACAGAUGUGUACCGACAGCUGCCCCAGGAUGAAGUGUUCAGGGCGCUGAGCAGCGACGAGCUCCAGGUGAACAGCGAGAAUGAGGUGUACGAGGCAGCGCUUCACUAUCAUUACAGUCCCGAGCAGGUGGAAACUGACCAGGUGUAUUUGCAGGUCAGUCCAAAGGACAAUCUCAAGAUGCUCGACGCAGUGCGGUUUUGCCUGAUUGAAAAGCACAUGCUGCAGAGAUUGCACAACAGACUGAAGCAGUGUCCACUGAAGGAUUCUGUUUCAGCUGCACUGCGCUACCACGAACAGGAGCUCCUGCAGCCUGUCCUCCAGACUCCUCUCACCCAGCCGCGGUCCACUUUCCACUGCAUACUGGGCUUCGGGGGAAUGUUUAGUUCCAGCUCCCUCGCAUACACCGAUCACCUGUUUCAGGUGUUUCACCCAAGCUGGGGGGAGUGGAGGAGUCUCACUGCAGCUCACACUCCCCGGAUGUCCAACCAGGGUAUCGCCGUGCUCAACAACUUUGUUUAUCUUAUUGGCGGGGACAUGAACACCAGUGGAUUUCAUGCAGAGACCCGCUGCUGGAGAUAUGACCCCCGUCACAACAAGUGGCACACCAUCCAGCCUCUGCAGCAGCAGCAUGCCGACCACUGUGUUUGUGUGGUGGGCGGCCAUAUUUAUGCCAUCGGAGGGCGAGACUACAACCACGAGCUGGAGUCGGUGGAGCGUUAUGACCCACACAAAGACACAUGGGAAUUUGUGUCUCCUCUAAAGAGAGAGGUGUAUGCCCAUGCUGGAGCAGUGGUGGAUGGAAAAAUUUAUAUAACGUGUGGGCGCCGAGGCGUGGCGUACCUCAGAGAGACUUGCUGUUUUGACCCAGCAGCCAAUCGCUGGACAGGGUGCGCAGAGGGCCCGGUGGAGCGGGCGUGGCACGGCAUGGCAGCCGUUAACGGCCGCAUGUACGUUAUCGGAGGAAGUAAUGACGAGCGCGGAUACAGGAGGGAUGUCCUGAAGGUAGCGUGCUUUAACCCCACAGCCAACUCUUGGUCUUUAAUGUCCCCCCUCCCUGCUGGCCACGGAGAACCCGGCAUAGCUGUGCUGGACAAUCACAUCUACGUCGUGGGAGGGCGUACGCACGACAAAGGCAACAGGAUGAAAUACGUUCACGUGUACAGCGCCGACAAAGACGAGUGGAAAAACGGCACGGAGUUUAAGGCGCACGUCUCCGGCCUGGCAGCCUGUGUGGCGCUCAUGACCCCCGCUGUGAUCGCCCAGGCCAGAAGCUGGGAGCAACGCACCAAGGCUUCAUGGGAAGAAGUGGACAUGGACAGCUCAGAUGACUCAAGUGUGGACUGAAGCUGCCGUGUUAAUCGGAUUCCAUCAUCAUCAAGGACCUCCUUGCGAUCUCUUUCUGUCUUUUUUUUAAUUAACUCAGCAUGUUGAGUUUCGGAUGUAUUUAGUUUUUUUGGGGUGUCGCAUGCAUGUUGACAACUCGGAGUGCCUCUGAACCAAAGGUGUCAUUCAGGACCUUUUUCUUAUUUCUCUGAUCUGACCUUAGGUACUCUUGCCCCGCCCGGGAAUCUCUUCUCUGAACAAAUGUUCACGCUGCUGUUUGUUACUGAUCGCUCGUCAUUAUUUCCUUAAAACCACCAGUGUUUCUGCGACGCUUAUCACAGAGAGCAAAGAACGCUUUCGAGAUUAGUAGCUAUGCAAUAACAUGGUACUUUGGAGUAAAGACACGUACGUGGGUUUUUCCUUUAAGACUGUGGGGCACCCAGUUAUUACUUUGGGAGCAGUAUUACUGUGUGGCUAAAUAAACAUAAAAGGGACACGUUGGUCAAUGCUAGCAAGGACAAGUCUGUGGCGAGACUGCUGGAGAAACUCAAAACCCGACGAUGAAUCUCCAAUGAAAUCCACAACUACCAAAACAAGAGAGUAAAAACUAUGACCAGGCAUAUCCUAGACCAGAGUGCGCUCUUCUGGUCUGACAACUUGAAGCUGAACGGGUCACAAAGCCACUUGGAGAUUAGAGAAGUGACUUCUUCCUUAUUUCUAUUUUCUGCAAUGCCACACACUGAAGUUGUAUUCUGUAGUAAUAACAGUUCCUGUUUCAAAAAAAAAAAAAAAAAAAUACUAUAAAAGCGGUUUUGCAAAAAAACCCCAAAACCAAGCACGUGUUUUAUCUGUGAAAAGAAUGGCAGGGGUCACACAGACUCAGCUCUCAUUAUUCCUCAGCUGGUUCUCUGCAUUGUCAGUUCUCAACAAUAAACAUACAAGAAGUGAGUUUUUGUCUCCAGCCCCCAGACAGCUGCUCAGUGGAGCUAUCAUCUCUCCAAACCUCUGAAUGAUCGUUACGUUGUGCAAACGUCGUGCCUUGUUUUCUUUCUUUCAUUCACUCUUAGCCUGAGUUUAUAUGUGAUCCCCGUAUGUCUGAACAGAGACGAGCCUUAGCUAUCGUGCCUCUGAUAUCAUAAAUAAUGAGUAAUUCCAAAUAAUAAUUUAAUUUAUUUAUGUCUGUACCUGGAUGGGGGGGGGGGUCUACAGAUUGAAGUUGCCAUUUAUUUGUAAAUGAAAUGUGAAAAUUAACCAUUACUUUAUUUUUGUGCAUGUGUCCUUUCACUGAUCCGCUCAUCACUUGAGAUAGUCUGUAUCCUAAUGAUGGUUUGUUUCAGAAUAUUUGUGUUCACCGAAUCACUGAACUGUGUGUGUGUGUGUGUGUGUGAGAGCGUGAGUGUGUGUUGCCUUAGUUCAUUGCAAACUCUGUUUCACACUGGACUCAACCACUGUUAACUCUUCAUUUGAACCCACGUAAUUGUAAAUGUACCCGUCUUUUCCACGUGAUUUGUUGGAAACACUGUCAAACAUAUGCAAACAAGAUAACUUUUUAAAUUUGAUUAAAAUAUAUAUACGUCC